GAAAUCUCACAUGGAGGUCGAAAAACCAAGACAUGAAACUAGCAUCUUGGGGGUGGAAGACAGUGGAGGCCCGAGAUGUCCCAAGUGGUCAAAGCGUGUUGGCAAUAGAAGUGACAAUGCAUCACUGAUUUUGUCGGUGCAUAACAAAUAAGACACUUCGGGUUGUAAGAUCAUUUUACACGAGAACAAACGCUCUGUUUAGAGAAUUGCUUUCUUCGAACACUUCCAAAGAAAGAAGCCAAUUUGGGAGUGAGGUAGAGAGCUAAUCUCCAUGAGGCCAUAACAAUGUCUAGUCAUUUCGAUAUGGUUUAUUGUUCUCUUGUGGUGAAAGAACCGAACAGCUGACCUUAUUAACCCAGCCCAAACCCAAACCCAAACCCAUGCCCAAGCCCACUAUUAGCCCGAAAGUGACUCUAGCUAAAGUGCACCGUUUGGUAUUCCUAAAUCCUUACAAUGACAACAGAUUCUCCAUCACAGGAAAGAAACGGUUCCGAACCGGAUUCGGGUUGCUUGGCGCCCAAGGAAAUCCACCGGGCUUUCAUUAAAGCUUCUUCUUUCUCCUUUUUCAUUCCUGCAAUUCAUCCCCUUCUUAGGUUUUCUUCACCUCUUUCGUUGUUUAAUUCGCAAUUCGCAGUCAUGCCGAACGAGCCUUCUGUGAAAACCCUCGUCUCCGAGAAAUUGAUGUCCUUCUUGCGAUUCUCUCACCCUCUGGUGGUCCAGUACACCGCCGCGAUCUCCCAAAACGCGAAUUCUCCUGAAGAGAUUGUCGACAAGCUGCUCGAAUAUGGGGUCGACGGAGGCGAUGCCAUUCGCUCGCUUGCCGCCGAUCUCUUUCUCAGCGUUUCUCGUAAGGCCGCUGCGCAGGGAUCAAAUUCGCGUCGCGAUGAGGUGAAGAAAAAUGAAAUUUUGGCCAGGAAGCAGAGGCAGUACCGCUUAAUCGUGGCGGAGAGCGAUGAAGAUAAAGAUCACGAUUCCGGCACCGGCGUAGCUUAUUCCUCGAACUUUGCAACCGGUGUCGUCGUCGGCGAAGAUAAUAAUAAGAAGAAGAGAAUGGCGACGGAUGAUAGAGAAGUUAUUAGGGCUUUGAGGAAGAAGUCCCGUCAGGAGUAUUUGAAGAAAAGGGAGAAGGAGAAGCUUCAGCAGCUGGACGAUUGGAUUGUCGAGGGCUUGGAAUUGAGUGAAGUGGAGAGGUUAAUGUACAAACACAACAAAGAAAUUCUCGAGGCCAACAAGAAGUUCUCUGAAUACGUCGGCGGUAGUGACGGCGGGGAGUAUCGGUUUCCGGAAGCCUACGAUGGCGACGGUCUAAUUGAUCAACGGAGGAGAUUUGGCGCCGCGUCCAAGCGCGACACUGGAGGAUUCGAGAAAUUAGAGUCGUGGGAAGAUCAUCAGUUACAGAAAGCUACGGUGAAAUUCGGGUCGAAGAACAGAAAAAGGGAAGCCGAUGAUUAUCAGCUUCUAUUCGAUGAUAGCCUGUAUAAGCUUGAAGGUCAGCUACUACCAGGUAAGUCUCUAGACGAUGAGAUUACACAGAAACUCGAUUAUGUUUCGAAGAAGCACAUUGGAGAUGGCCGAAAAAGCCUCCCCAUAUACCAAUUCAAGGACAAAUUGCUUCAGAUGAUUCGCGAUAAUCAGGUUUUAGUGAUAGUUGGGGAGACUGGUUCAGGCAAAACAACUCAGGUCCCUCAGUAUCUCCACGAGGCAGGCUACACGAAGCAGGGCAAAAUCAUCUGCACCCAGCCGAGACGGGUGGCAGCCAUGAGCGUGGCAGCUAGAGUUGCGGUCGAAAUGGGGGUGAAGCUCGGGCAUGAAGUCGGGUUCAAGAUCAGGUUCGAGGAUUGCACUUCGGAGAAGACGGUUGUCGAGUACAUGACUGAUGGAAUGCUCCUGAGGGAGUUCAGCUCUCAACCGGAUUUGAAGAACUGCAGUGUGAUCAUGGUGGAUGAAGCACACGAGAGGACCGUCUCCACCGACAUAAUCUUCAGCUUGGUGAAGGAUUUGGCGAGGCAGAGAAGCGAUUUGAAGCUGCUGAUCAGCAGUGCAACUCUGGAUGCCGAGAAGUUCUCCGAUUACUUCGACUGUGCACCCAUUUUGGAGAUUCCAGGAAGGCAGUACCCUGUGGAUAUCUUGUACAAGCAACCUGUGGACGAGAUUUUGGAAGAAGCAGUUGCUGCUACGCUUCACAUCCAUGUCACACAGCAACCAGGCGACAUUUUGGUGUUCCUUACUGGACAAGAAGAUAUCGAGACUGUGGAAGAAAUGUUGAGAGAGAAGGUGAAGCAUUAUGGAAGCAAGAUGGGAGAGCUUAUCAUCCAUCCAUUGUUUGCCAACCUGCCUACUGAGCUCCAAGCAAGGAUCUUUGAUCCGAUCCCUGAGAAAGCUCGAAAGGUGAUCUUGGCAACGAAUAUAGCCGAAACUUCCCUCACAAUUGAAGGGAUAAGGUACGUUAUAGAUUCUGGUCUUUGUAAGUUGAGUUCGUAUAGUCCCCGCACUGAUAUGGGGUCGCUGCAGGUGACGGAUAUUUCAAAAGCAUCAGCUAUGCAACGAGCUGGGCGUGCUGGUCGAACUGGGCCUGGGAAAUGCAUUAGGCUGUAUGCUCCUGAUCAUUUCCAGAAUCAGAUGGAGGACAAUUGUGUUCCUGAGAUACAGAGGUCCGACAUUGUCAGCGUGGUGCUGACAUUGAAGGCACUUGGGAUUAACGAUUUCAAGAAUUUUGAUUUCAUGGAUCCUCCAUCAGAUGAGAGCAUGAUCAAGGCUCUUGAGCUACUUUACGCCCUUGGUGCUCUAAACAGCAAAGGUGAUCUCACUAGGAUUGGCAAGUUGAUGGCAGAGUUUCCACUCGAUCCAAAGCUUUCGAGGAUGCUGAUUGCUGCUGAGAAGUAUGGUUGUGCGGAAGAGGUUAUGACGAUUGCUGCCAUGCUUUCUGUCGAUAAUGCGAUUUUCUACAGUCCCAAGAAUCUGCAGGCAAUGGCUGAGAAUGCGAAGAAGAGGUUCGAGGAUGGUGACGUUGGAGAUCAUAUUGCUCUUCUUAGGGUGUAUAAUUCGUGGAAGGAGACAGACUUUUCAAGUGGGUGGUGCCGUGAGAAUUUCAUCCAGGCGAGGAGCAUGAAACGUGCAAGAGACGUUAGAGAUCAGUUGAUGAACCUCAUGGAGAAGGCAGGUAUCGAGUUGAACUCGAAUCCGAAUGACUUGGACGCGAUAAAGAAGGCGAUCAUGUCUGGUUUUUUCCCUCACAUAGGGAUUCUCCAAGGUUCUGGGAGUUACAGGAUUCUGAAAGGUUUACAGAAUGUGCAGAUUCAUCCCAAGUCCGGAAUGGCGAGAGUGCAGCCGAAUCCAAGGUGGGUUGUGUUUCAUGAGCUCGUGCUAACUCGGAAGGAGUAUAUGCGGCACGUUUCUGAAGUGAAGCCCAAGUGGUUGCUGGAGAUUGCUCCACAUUACUAUGAGAGGAAGGAAUUGGAGAAGUUUUUCCCUCGGCUGCUCUAAAGUGAAGUUGGUACCAAAAGUGGUUUGAAUUCGUCGGUUGUUUGACUUCCGUUUGCCAUUUUAUGUUUUCCCAUUGGUUUUGAAGCAUAUACAGUAUGACGAUGUUUAUGACUAUUUUUCAUUCCGCUGCAGCUUUCAGACAUGCUUGACAAGGUUUAUGAU